UCUCGAGGAACACCAGAACUCAGACGGAAGCCUCACUCUCAGUCUCCACUGGCGGCGACUCUAUCCUUGCCGAGAAGUAGAAGCCAAGCCAUAAAACUCUCACGAUCGGAAGACCUGCUCUGCUCUCUUUCUCUAUAAAUUUCUCUCUCUCUCUGCCACUUCUCCGCCCUUCACCGCAGCUCAUCUCCAUUGAAUGCGGCUCUGAGAACUCCCUCCGCUGCCGACGCCUUCCCCACUCCACCUUGAGCUGAAACCAUGGCGAUCCUUCUCCUACACCGUCGUCCUCUCCUUCUCUUCGUCCUUUUCCUCUUAGGAAUCUGGUCUCCGGUGGGGUCCAAGUACAUUGCCUACAAUACCACUCAAAGGAUCGUCCCCGAUAAGCUCAACGUCCACCUCGUCGCCCACACCCACGACGACGUCGGCUGGCUCAAGACCGUUGACCAGUACUACGUCGGCUCCAACAACUCCAUCCAGGGGGCUUGCGUGCAGAAUGUUUUGGAUUCGAUGGUGACGGCGCUGCUGGGGGAUAAGAAUCGGAGGUUCAUCUACGUGGAAAUUGCGUUCUUCCAGCGAUGGUGGAGGCAGCAGAGCGAUGCGAUUAAGAAGAUAGUCAAGGGAUUUGUCAGCUCUGGUCAAUUAGAAUUCAUAAAUGGGGGUAUGUGCAUGCACGAUGAGGCAGCGGUGCAUUACAUUGAUAUGAUCGAUCAGACAACCCUUGGGCACCGAUUCAUCAAGCAAGAGUUUGGUCAGACUCCAAGGAUCGGUUGGCAGAUAGAUCCAUUUGGACAUUCGGCUGUGCAAGCUUGCUUACUUAGUGCAGAGGUUGGUUUUGAUGCUCUUUAUUUCUCACGUAUUGACUACCAAGACUGGGAAAAGAGGAAAGACCUGAAGAGUCUUGAGGUUGUAUGGCGGGGUUCUAAGACCCUUGGUUCUUCUGCAGAUAUUUUUACUGGCAUAUUUCCCAAGAACUAUGAACCGCCCCCUGGUGAUUUCUAUUUUGAAGUUAAUGAUAAGUCUCCUGUUAUUCAGGAUGAUGUACUUUUGUUUGAUUAUAAUGUCGAAGAACGGGUGAAUGAUUUUGUAGCUGCAGCUAUAGCACAGGCAAAUGUUACUCGAACAAAUCAUAUUAUGUUUACCAUGGGGACAGAUUUUAAAUACCAAUAUGCAACUUCAUGGUUCAGGCAGUUGGAUAAAUUCAUUCAUUAUGUCAACAAGGAUGGGCGGGUCAAUGCUUUGUAUUCAACACCAUCCAUUUACACUGAUGCAAAGUACACAGCAAAUGAGUCUUGGCCUCUCAAGACUGAUGACUUCUUCCCAUACGCAGAUAAUCCAAAUGCAUAUUGGACAGGGUACUUCACAAGCAGGUCUGCCCUAAAAGGCUAUGUAAGAACAAUGAGUGCUUACUAUGUGGCGGCUAGGCAAUUGGAAUUUCUCAAACGAAGAAAUAGUUCAGGCCCAACAACUGACAGUCUGGCUGAUGCUUUAGCUCUUGCUCAACAUCAUGAUGCAGUUACUGGAACAGAAAAGCAGCAUGUCGCAAAUGAUUAUGCCAGACGACUAUCAAUAGGCUAUGCAGAGGCGGAGAAGUUAGUUGAAUCUUCACUUGCUUGCUUGGCAAGUUCAGACACAAAAUCAGGGUCUUGCAACCCAGAAACAAAGUUUGAACAGUGUCCUCUUCUCAACUUAAGUUACUGUCCUCCAUCUGAACUAGACUUAUCUACUGGUAAAAGCUUGGUUGUUAUUGUCUACAAUUCUCUUGGAUGGAAACGGGAGGAUGUUAUCCGCAUACCUGUUAUCAGCGAAUCUAUUGUUGUUCGUGAUUCUCUAGGAAGAGAAAUUGAGUCACAGCUUUUACCUUUGGCCAAUACUUCGGUCGAUAUAAGAAACCACUAUGUCAAGGCAUACUUAGGCAUAUCCCCAGGUGUUACACCUAAAUUUUGGCUUGCAUUUCCAGUAUCUGUACCGCCUCUUGGUUUCAACACUUACUUUGUUUCAAAUGCAAAACAGACAGUUGCUGCCAUGUCUUCACUGUACUGAUCACAAGGAAGUAAGAAUAGCAGUGUAGAAAUUGGGCAAGGGCAUCCAAAGCUUCUCUAUAAUUUGGAUGAGGGAAGACUAUCACAUUAUUUUAAUAGCAGAAACUUGGUGAAAGCGAAUGUUGAGCAGUCAUACAGUUUUUAUGCUGGCUAUGACAAAAAUGGCAGUGACCUUCAGGCAUCUGGUGCAUACAUAUUUCGCCCAAAUGGUUCAUUUCCUUUAAAGCCGGAAGGGCAGGUGCCUUUGACAAUUCUGCAAGGACCUAUAUUAGACGAAGUGCAUCAACGUAUGAAUCCAUGGAUAUAUCAGGUUACCAGAGUUUACAAGGUAAAGGAGCAUACAGAGUUUGAGUUUAUAGUAGGACCUAUACCCAUUGAUGAUGGAAUUGGGAAAGAAAUAAGCACUCAGAUUACAACAACCAUGAUGACCAACAAGACAUUCUAUACAGAUUCCAAUGGGCGUGAUUUUAUUAAAAGAAUUCGAGAUUAUAGAUCAGACUGGGAAUUACAAGUUAACCAAACUGUUUCUGCAAAUUAUUACCCUGUUAAUCUUGGAAUUUACAUGGAGGAUAAUAGCAUGGAAGCUUCAGUUCUGGUAGACCGUUCAGUGGGGGGUUCUAGCAUACUGGAUGGACAAAUAGAGUUGAUGCUCCAUAGGAGGUUGCUUCAUGAUGAUGGCCGAGGUGUUGCAGAGGCACUUAAUGAAACAGUUUGUGUCAAUGAUAAUUGUGAAGAACUAACAGUUCAAGGAAAAUUUUACCUUAGAUUUGAUCCAUUAGGUGAGGGAGCUAAGUGGCGUCGGUACUUUGGCCAGGAGAUAUAUUCUCCUCUUCUUCUAGCAUUCUCAGAACAGGAUGGAGGUAACUGGACAAGCUCUCACAUCCCAAAAUUCUCAGCAAUGGAUUCCUCCUACAGCUUGCCAGAUAAUGUUGCUUUGAUCACCCUCCAGGCGCUUGAAGAUGGAAGUGUUCUCCUUCGGCUGGCUCACCUUUAUGAGGUGGGAGAAGAUAAAGAUCUUUCAACGAUGGCCUCUGUGGACCUCAAGAAAAUGUUCCCUGACAAGAAGGUCAGCAAUAUCACAGAGAUGAACUUAUCUGCUAAUCAAGAGAGGGCUACAAUGGAGAAGAAGAGAUUAAAAUGGAAAGCCGAGGGCUCUAUAGGUUGGGGGACCAUGGUGAAGGGAGGUCCUGUUGAUCCUUCGAAGCUGGUGGUGGAGUUGGGUCCAAUGGAGAUCCGCACAUUUCUUAUAAAUUUUGAUGAUAUUUUCUUCGUCAAAAUGGUGUAAUCUUGAACUGAUGGUGACUGGCUCACCUUGAUCACCGAUGCUCUUUAACGUAUCUUCGUAACGUUCCCACGUUGUGACAGUUGAAGGUGUUAUGAAUAAUGUCAAGUUGACAAUCAUUUUUAUUGGAGAAAGGCUUUUCAUUUCUUAAGCUGAUCAA